AUGGCCGACACAGCACUGCCUGUGUACGACGAGAAGCACGUCUCCGACGACUCUCUCGACAAGGGUGUUGCUAUCGAUGCCGUAAUCGACGCCACGGAAGUCGACGACCCCCAGCUCGACGCCGAGCAGCUGAAGGAGGUCGAGGAGUUCGAGGAGCGCGCGGCCAACGACGAGCUGAGCGAGGCGGAGUACCGAGUUGAGGAGGCAUACGAAGUCGCGAUCAAGGUGUUGUCGACGCGCGACGACCCAGAGUUGCAGGCCGUCACCUUCCGCACCGUCUUCCUCGGUCUUGGUUUCUCUGCCUUUGGAGCUGUUCUCGCACAGAUAUAUUAUUUCAAGCCGCAGACGCUCACGGUCUCCGUGUUGCUCCUGCUCAUCCUCUCGUACUGGAUCGGAAAUGCCAUGCAUGUGUUCAUCCCAUCGAGAGGCCUCUUUAGGUGGCUCAACCCAUGCCCCUUCAACAUCAAGGAACAUGUUGCCAUCAUUAUCAUGUCGUCGACCGCGGCCACUUCAGCCGUUGCCAUCCAGGUCAUCUCGGUGCAGGAGUUGUAUUACAACAACAACAUGAAUGCUGGCAUUGCGAUCUUUACUCUCAUCGGAUCGCAGUUGAUCGGCUAUGGCUAUGCCGGUCUUCUCCAGGACGUCCUCGUGAAGCCAACCAAAUGUUUCUGGCCUGCGAACAUCUACACCGCUAACUUGUUUCAAGCGCUGCAUUAUGAUCAGCAGAUGACUUCGAAGCGGGUGCGCCUCUUUUGGUCGGUGUUUGGGAUCCUGUUUGUUUGGGAGAUCGUCCCGGAAUGGAUUUUCCCCAUUCUUACCGGCUUCUCCAUUUUCUGUCUUGCAGACAACACCAGCUCCGUGUUUAGAAAUGUCUUCGGUGGCGCCAGCAACAACGAGGGCAUGGGUCUUCUCGCAGUGUGCUUCGACUGGAAUUUGAUCACCAGCUCCUGCUUGUGGGCGCCACUCUGGCUGCAGCUCAACCAGGACAUCGGUAUCUGCCUGACAUACAUUCUCAUGGCGGCUGUGUACUACGGCAACUUGUGGCAGGCAAAGGAAUUCCCCUUCAUGAGUCAGGCAAUUUUUGCCCAGAACGGAACUCAAUACGAUCAGACCGCUCUUUUGACCAACGGCAAGUUCGAUCCUGCCAAGUACCAGGAGCUUGGUCCUGCAUACUUCUCCGCCACCAACGCUCUAUACUUGAUCACGUCCAACCUGUCGCUUGGCGCUGUCGUCAGCCAUGUCUUUCUGUACCACUGGAAUGACCUCAAGCCCUUUGUCCUGUCUCUCAACCCGUGGAACAAAAACAAGUAUUUUGUCCAUGAUGCCCACUACGAGAAGAUGAAGGUAUACAAGCAGAUCCCUCGGUGGUGGUACGUCGCCGUCCUUCUCGGUGCCUACGCUAUCGCCCAAGCCACGAACUACACUGGCAAGUCUGGUCUCUCGUGGUGGGCGCUCACCGUACUUUUGAUCAUCGGCUUCUUCUUCUGCGUCAUGUACGCGACGCUCGCUGCCACUAUCGGUUUCACCGAGUUCAACACAUCCGGAAACGGUUUCUUCCAAAUGAUUACCGCCUACAUCGAACCCGGCCUCCCCGUAGCGAACAUGUACGGUGCCAUGUAUGGAGCACACCCUAUGCAACAGGGUAUCGCGUUCCUGCAGGACCUGAAGUUGGGCCAGUACUGCAAGCUCGCUCCUCGCGUCACGUUCUGCAUGCAGCUGAUGGGUACUGUCGUCGGAGCUCUGCUGAACUAUGCCAUGAUGAUUUCCAUUAUUAACGCUCAACGACCUGCUCUACUCUCAAUCUCCGGUACUCGUCUCUGGUCCGGUCAGAACGCUCAGUCCUACAACUCCAACGCCAUCUCGUGGGGCGCGCUCGGCCCGCAGAUGUUCGGCGCGCAUUCGAUAUACCACAUGGUGCCCAUAUCGCUCGCCAUAGGCGUGGUGCUCCCGCUCCCGUUCUACAUCGCCUACCGCAUUUGGCCAAAGGCCGGCUUCCAACACCUCAACACGUCCAUCAUCAUGCAGUACUCCUGCUAUCUCUCAGUCGGCAUCAACACCUCGGUGAAUACGAGCAUGGCGCUCGGCAUCUUCUCGCAGUGGUGGGUGCGCAGGCGCUAUCCGCGCUGGUUCGCAAAGUACAACUACAUUGUCGCUGCGGCUAUGGAUGGCGGUACCCAGGUUGUUAUGUUUAUCCUGAACUUCGCGAUCUUCGGUGCUGCGGGCACCGCACAUCCUUUCCCCCAAUGGUGGGGCAAUGAUUUCAACCUGUCCGCAGAUCGUUGCGCACCACCUCCCCAGUGA